CGACCGACCGCCGCACACAGCGCUGCGGGGGGAGAAGAGAGGCGGGCCCCGAAGACGAGGAGGGGGUGCUGGGAUGCCGCGCUGUGGCAGCUCCGACACGUGCAAGGUCUACGACCGGAAGUGCAUGACAUCCGAAGAGCCCGCGGUCCUGACUCGGUUCAGGACGACGCACUGGCUGUCGCAGGACGUGGGAGAAGCGAACGGGAAGCCAGUCCCGAUAGGGUCUGUGUCGGAGCAAGUUGAUGGAGGACAGAAAAAGGCCCUGGAAGACCAGGAAAAGGCGAGCCAGGAGGACCAGGAGCGGGACCAAUGGAGCAGCCCGAUCGAGUUCCUGCUGUCCUGCGUCGCGAUGUCGGUCGGCCUCGGCAACGUCUGGCGCUUCCCCUUCACCGCUUACGAGAACGGUGGCGGCGCCUUCCUCAUUCCGUACGUCGUUGUGCUGCUCCUCAUCGGCAAACCGCUGUACUACAUGGAGCUGGCCAUGGGGCAGUUCUCGUCGUUCGGCUGUGUGCGAGUUUGGAAUGUCGUGCCCGCCGCCAGAGGUGUCGGGUACGGUCAGAUGAUCGGCACGGCGUCGGUCGUCUCCUACUACGUCGCCCUGAUGGCGCUGACCGUGUUCUACUUCGUGGCGUCGUUCUCCUCCGUGCUUCCGUGGACCGUGUGCGACCCGAGCUGGGCGGACAUGACUCGCUGCGUCGACCCCACCACCAACAUCUCGCUGCUCAACCACACGCACGGCGACGACAACCUGAUCGGCUCCACCGAGAUGUACUUCCAGAGGAACGUGCUGAACGAGCUGCCCGACAUCGACGGCGGGAUUGGCCUGCCCGAGUGGCGGCUGACACUCUGCCUGUUCGCCUCCUGGGUCAUCCUCUUCCUCACGCUUGUCAAAGGCGUCCAGAGCUCCGGCAAGGUCGCCUACUUCACAGCGCUGUUCCCGUACGUGGUGCUGAUCACUCUGUUGGUGCGGGGCCUGACGCUGCCCGGCGCCAUGGACGGCGUGCUCUUCUACCUGAAGCCGCAGUGGCACGAGCUGCUGAAUCUCAAGGUGUGGUACGCUGCGGUGACGCAGUGCUUCUUCUCGCUCUCCACCGGCUUCGGGUGCCUGGUGAUGUUCUCCAGUUAUAACGGCUUCCGUCACCCGGUGGCUAGGGAUGCGACGAUCAUCAGCAUCACUGACAUGAUGACCUCCUUCCUGGCUGGCUUCACCAUCUUCUCCAUCCUGGGAAACCUGGCGCACGAGCUGGACACCACCGUCGAUGACGUCAUCAAGGGUGGCGGCACGUCGCUGGCCUUCAUCUCGUACCCGCAGGCGCUGGCCAACUUCCCCGGAGUGCCGCAGCUGUUCGCGGUGCUGUUCUUCCUCAUGCUGUUCACACUCGGCGUGGGCUCGGCCACGGCGCUAACGGGCUGCGUCAUCACCAUCGUCUGCGACCAGUUCCCCAGCUGGGCGCGCUGGAAGGUCUCGGCCGCCAUCUGCGCGGCCGGCUUCCUCAUCGGACUCGUCUACGUCACGCCGGGCGGGCAGUUCAUCCUGAACCUGGUGGACAACUUCGGCGGAGGCUUCAUCAUCUUCGUGCUGGCCACGGUAGAGGUAGUCGCCAUCAACUGGGUGUACGGCGUCCGCAAGUUCUGCGACGACCUCGAGUUCAUGAUCAAGACCCGGCCGAACAUCUACUGGAAGUUCUGCUGGAGCAUUUUCAUCCCGAUCGCCCUGCUCGGUAUCUUCGCCUACUCCAUUAUCAAGAUGGAGCCGCUGCGUUACGGGAAGGUCGAAUAUCCGCCCAUCGCCAUCACUUGCGGCUGGAUCCUGACGGGAGCCGCCAUGCUGCCCAUACCGCUGUGUUCUUGCGGCUGGAUCCUGACGGGAGCCGCCAUGCUGCCCAUACCGCUGUGUUUCCUGUAUGCGCUAUACCAGAGCCCUGAGAAGGGACUGAUCAACAAAAUCCGCCACUCGUUCAGCCCGAACCGGCAGUGGGGCCCAAUGCGCUCGGGCGACCGGCAGCAGUGGCUGCUGGCCACCGGCCGCGAGGCGCAGCUCGAGGGCACGCAGGCCAACCUCAACGCCGCCUUCGUGGCCAGCAGCACCGCGCUCGACGGCGCCGGCACCGGCGACGGGCCCGGGGCCGAGCAGGAGCAGCGCACCAAGCUCUAGGGUCGGCAUCCCGCUCAAACCGCCGCGUGUCUGGGUCAGGGGGGUCAGGGGAUCUGCUGCCGGCGCCAGGCGGCGGAGAUGAGCCGCCGAUGUCGAAACGGAGGGUGGCUGGCAUUUUGGUAGAGUCAGAUGACCUUCGCGAGGGUGGUAGUUACGGAAGAUAACGAAGGGUGUGCUAUUCAUAUUGUGGUCGUUUUUGUCACGUGAUCCGAGGUGGUCGUGAAUGGGCGAAGUCAUUCAUAAGUCAUUCGCCGCGCAUUGCGCUGUGGAGGCGUUGUUUGGGAGGCUACAUCACUGGCAUAGCUGCCUCUGUUUGCGAUGCCGACUGUGAGCGGUGCGAUGCGUAUCUUUUAGCAUUACAUUUGACCAACGUAGGGAGCCUACAACACUAGUAGCAGAGUAAGCGGAACAACAGACGAAGCCAUUGCACGUAUAGCACGUACUGGCGCCCGGCACCUUUCAUACCGUUUGACUUCCCAACGACCAGAAUCAUGGUGAUGCAAUUCUAUAAAACUAAUCACACUAGAUGUUUUCCCAACAUUGAUAACUUACUGCAUCCCAACCAUCAGAAGUUAUUGUGUUUUACGCAGCAGGCGCCGUACGGGUAUGUAGCCGGUUUCUUCAACCAUCAGCUACGCCGCGUACGCAUCGACCAAAAGGUAACAGAAGGAUACUCUUUCGAGAUGCAACCAGGAUCACCAGCCCCAACCCGUCGAAUAAGAGCUAUGACAUGGAGCAGCUGUAAUAAUGCCACCUUAAAAAUAACUCGUGACAGUGCCUCGUUACUGAUGCAGUGCAUACGUUGUGGUACCAUUUUCCACACAAUAGUUCACAGGCAACAGCGGGUCCUUGAAAUCUACGAAUUCAAUUUUGCAAUGCAUGAUCUGGAUGUAAGCCUGAUUGUAACCGACUCUGUGCACUGAUCACACCAGAGAUCAAAUGGACCUUAACACUGGAUCCCUUGGGACCUUUACGGCACUUUUAAUAUGGCCGCCAAAAAUAGUGAAGUGUAGCGCCGAGUAGCAUAAACUGCGCUCCGUUCUGUGCAGUAUAAUGUGGUAAUCCUACAUUCGCUUACUGUUGGAUGUUGUUUGAAGGGGUGUUUGAGAUACCGCAACGUUUUUUUUUUUUACCUCCGUGUCUAGUACAGCCAUUGUAAAUGCCGAUCCAAUCCUGUAUAUAGAGCACAUUCCGUCCAACCAAUGUUAAUACAGUAUAUAAACUGAGGCAGGGGUGUAGUUUCCUAUUCAUUUCGGGGCGGGUGGUCCAGCCCCCUCCCCAACUUUGGCCCAGCCCUCCAACUUUUAGAAGAAAGUGGGCCAAAUCCGAGAGAAACCCGUUUGUUGGUGUAUUUCAA